GGCACUGAAAAGCGCGAACGCUACAGCUUGUCCUGUGUGACUUGCCGUAGUUGGUAUAUAAGGCUCUUUUACCGGAAGUCCAGCCCCUUUUCAUCCCCUCUCUGGCAGACUGUUGUACAGUCGGGCUAACACGGCAACAUGCCACGGAAGAUUGAAGAAAUCAAAGAUUUCCUGCUGACAGCCAGGAGGAAGGAUGCCAAGUCCGUAAAGAUCAAGAAGAAUAAAGACAAUGUCAAGUUCAAGGUGCGCUGCAGCAGGUACCUGUACACCCUGGUCAUCACAGACAAGGAGAAGGCCGAGAAGCUGAAGCAGUCGCUGCCCCCAGGUCUGGCAGUGAAGGAGCUGAAGUAGGACCUUUUUAUGUACAGAAAAUAAAAAUUGGAAAACUGA